CAAUUAUUUGGCAUGCUUUAAAUCCUGAUUCGGGCACCCAUAUUUACUUACCGAGAUAUUUUAUCUCACGGUUUCCUUGUCCACCAUUUCAGGUAGUGAGACCCGACGCGUGGGAAGCCCGGGGGAGUGACGAGCUAGACGGCUAGGCAUUUUUGGAGUUAGUUCUGUAGCUAGGCCGUUAGUCACCCAUGCUGACUUAGGAAUUUUGUGUACAGAACUCCUGUAGUGAUAGUAAGGAUUGUAUAAAUGAAUCAUAACUUUUUGUACACUUUGACAGGUAAAUGUGUAGAAAGAAAAUGAAAUUAGAUAUGACCUGAAUUAUCUGAAUUGAUAGCAUGAAUUUAGUAGGUUUCGAGCCUUGUGCACUGUGGGACCCGUUCCCGAGUGCACGGCGUCUGUUUCGCUCUCGGUUUGGGGCGUGACAUCAUCAAUCAACAUAAUCCAGGCAUUUUUGUCAUAAUGGAGACUAAACUGGUAGGGGCAAGAGCUAGCAAGGCUGCUGAAGCUCUCGGAUUUCCUAGGAAGGUUAUUGUGGAUGCUGAUGGCCUUGCUGGGGGCAUUUGGCUUUUGUGGGAUGACAAGAAAUUCUGUGUGGACAUCCUAAGCACAAGCCCACAAGUCAUUCAUGCUACGGUCCAGGUCCAUACUAUUGAAACUACUGUCACCACUCAUUUCAAAAGUCUGUAUUCUACCUCGCUGACUCAUUCCUUUCAUGACUCAUUCAACAAUAUUCAAAAUGGCCAUAUUGUGAGUUCUUCUUCUUGGCAUCUGCUGACCUCUCCUCCAUCUGAUAGCGAGAUUAAAAAAGCUAUCUUUUCCAUGAAACCUUUUAAAGCGCCUGGACCUGAUGGACUCCAUGCGACUUUUUUUCAAAAAUUUUGGCUCUUACUCAAGGAUAAGCUUUGCCUUGAAAUUAGGGACAUCUUUUCUUCAGGUGUUAUGCCAGACUCUUGGAGUGCUAGUUUGAUUGCACUCAUCCCUAAGAACAGUAAUCCAGAAUCUAUCUCUCAAUUUAGGCCAAUUGGCCUUUGCAAUGUCCCCUAUAAGAUUGUUACAAAAAUCAUUGUCCUUCGCCUUAAGGAAUUGAUGGGAGAUUUAAUUUCUCCUAUGCAAUCUAGUUUUUUACCUGGGCAAAAUGGUAUUGACAAUGUUAUUCUCCUUCGUGAAUUUGUCCAUUCCUUUCACAAAAGAAAGGGGAGGCAAGGCGACAUGAUUGUUAAACUGGAUUUAGAAAAGGCUUUUGAUCGAUUGGAAUGGAGCUUCAUCAAGGAGGCACUUAUCUUUUCUAAUUUGCCACCUUUAAUGAUUAAGCUCAUCAUGUCUUGUAUCUCCUCGACGUCCCUUUCUUGCAUUAUUAAUGGAGGAGCUACUGAUUCUUUUAAACCAUGUCAUGGCCUUAGGCAAGGGGACCCUCUCUCCCCUUACUUAUUUAUUCUUUGUCUUGAAUUCCUUUUGUUAAAACUCCAUCAUGACAUUAGUAUUGGGCUUUGGAAAGGCUCAAAAUUAGGAAAGUCUAAACCUCUUUUCUCCCAUAUUUUCUUUACAGAUGAUCUUAUUUUUGCUGGUAAAGCUUCGAUUUCUAAUGCCUCUUAUCUCAAGGAGAUGCUAGAUUUCUUUUGUUUUCGUUCUAGGCAAAGCAUCAACCAAGAGAAAUCCAAAGUCUUUUUCUCCACUAAUGUUAACUCUGCUACUAGAUAUGAUAUCUGUCAGACUCUUGGAUAUGUGGAGACUUUGUCUUUAGGGAAGUAUUUGGGAUUUCCUAUCUCUCCCAAAAAGGUCAAAAAAUCUAAUUGUGCAUUUAUUGUUGACAAAGUCAGAUCCAAGAUAGCGGGAUGGAAGGCCAAUAAGCUAUCUCUUGCCGAGAGAGCUACUUUGGCAUCCUCUGUCCUUUCUUCCAUUCCUAACUACUACAUGCAGGGAAUGGACCUCCCAGCAUCUGUCCAUUCUGAGCUUGACACUAUCUCUAGAAAUUUUAUUUGGGGAUCUACCUCUAACAAGAGGAAAGCCAACUUAGUUUCUUGGGAAAGGAUUACCCAACCAAAAAAAGUUGGUGGAAUUGGUAUUAAGGCCAACAAAGAAGCCAACCAAGCUGCCAUGCCUAAGCUUCAUUGGAGAAUGACCACUAAAACUCACAAGCCAUGGGCCAAAGCCUUCAUUUCCAAAUACAAGAUCAAAACUCCCCUCCAUAACUUCUCAACAUUGUCAUCCCCUGUAUGUAAGGAUAUCAGUAAGGGAAGAGAUAUUAUUGAGAAGGGUAUAAGUUGGAUUCCCCGAGAUGGCUCUAGAAUUCUUUUUUGGCAGGAUAAAUGGCUCUUCAAGGAAUCCCUUUGCUCCAUUUAUCAUGGUCCUUUUAGACCACAUGACUUUUUUAUUACCUUGAAGGAUAUUUUGCUUCCGGAUGGCAAAUGGAAUUUGGAUAUUAUUGCCUAUCCAUUAUCGCAAGACAUCAUGCAAAAAAUUAUUGCCACUCCUAUUCAGAAACAUAGCUCUGAUCAAGACUCCUUCAUCUGGAAUUCAGCUUCAAAUGGCAAAUUUUCUAUGAAAUCUACCUACUACAUGGCCAAGAAUAUUCAAAGGCCACAGGAUGAAAAUUGGAAGCAGUUAUCUAUUAUUCAGCUUAAGCACACUACGUUAGACAAAGCUCAGGAAUUUAUCAAGCACAAUCCUACCCAUAUUGAGUCUAAACCCAAAAAUACAAUUUCUGUGGGUUGGGUUCCCCCGCCAGAUGGCUUUGUCAAGCUUAACACCAACGGUUCUGCUCUUGGAAACCCAAGUAUAACUAGAGCUGGAGGUCUUCUUCGAGACCACCUUGAACGUCUUUCUGAUGUUCAGAUUAUCCAUAUCUAUAGGGAAGCUAAUGCGGCUGCUGAUUUUAUGGCUAAACUUGGAACUUCCAGUGUAAUGGAUUUUGUUUUGUAUGAAGAAAGUCCCCCUGGGAUUUCCUCCAUUUUGUUUCAUGAUCGUAUUGGGACUAUAUUCCCAAGAACUUCUGUAACCGCAUGACUUUAUCAAUAUAAUUCUCCUUUUUUUCAAAAAAAAAAAACAAAGAGGUUAUUAUUGCUGACACUCGAGAGGCUCACUAACAUUAAGAAGAAGCCUGCUGAGCAUGGUUGUCAAAAUCGAGUUUUAAAUCGUAAGAUCGUAAGAUUUUACGAUUUUAGGUAUGGAUUUCAAGUAAAAUAUAUGUUAAAAUUGGAAUCUCAUGAAAUCGGAAGGAAAAAUCGUAAAAUCGCAAUUUUAUGGUAAAAUCGGUUGAAAUCUCGAUUUUACUUUCAUGGAAAUUAAAGAAGAAGAGGCUUCCAGAAAUCCAAACACAAAUUUGGUCUCUAGUCUAGGGUGUGAUGAAUCAAGAAAUUGCAUAUGAAACUAGAAGAAACACAAGGCAGAAACCAUCUGUAUCAACAUAGAUGUAAAGAAACUAGAGACUGGUAUAGGAACAUAUUCUUAAGAAAGCAAUUUGGGGCAAGCUACGGACCGGUGGCUGUAGUAGUAAACACUGAGUAGCAAGCAACGAAUCACUGAAUAUCAUUCACUUUUAGCAAAUUCAUACAAGUUUAAGCACCAAACAUCAAGAAAUUGCAGAAUAUGAAACAAAAACACCCAAGGCGGAAAUUUUGGAGAAAGGCAGAUCCAUAUCUGAAGGAGGGAUCCCACGAUCGGAGAAAAUGGAGAAAGGGGGUUCUGGAUGGGAGAAGAAUCAGGUGAUGACCGGUGAUGUAGGUGGAAGCUAUUGAUCGAAGGAAAAAAUUGAGAAAGGGGUCCUGGAUGGGAGAAGAAUCCAGCUUUUUUUUUUUUUUUUUUUGGCUAUCUGCAGCCUUAUUUU